AUGGGUUGCGGAAUGAGCACUGAGGAUAAGGAGAGGAAGGCCAGAAACGAGGAGAUCGAAAACCAGCUUAAGAGGGACAAGUUGAUGCAGAGAAAUGAAAUCAAGAUGCUUCUGCUUGCUGCUGAUCAGAGCCAUAACUCACACACAACAGGUGCUGGAGAGUCUGGAAAAUCUACCAUCCUGAAACAGAUGAAACUCAUCCACGAGGGAUCCUACUCUCGUGAUGAACGCGAGUCGUUUAAAGAAAUCAUCUUCAGCAACACCGUCCAGUCCAUGCGUGUCAUCCUCGAGGCCAUGGAGAGUCUGGAACUUCCGCUCGAUGACCAACGGGCUGAAUACCACGUACACACCAUCUUCAUGCAGCCAGCUCAGAUCGAGGGUGACUCUCUCCCUCCAGAGGUUGGUGCUGCGAUCGAGGCCCUGUGGAAGGAUGCUGGCGUUCAAGAGUGUUUCAAGCGAUCAAGAGAGUACCAAUUGAACGAUUCUGCCAGAUACUACUUUGACUCCAUUGGCCGAAUUGCCGCCCCAGACUAUCUCCCUAACGAUCAGGACGUCCUUCGCUCCCGUGUCAAGACCACUGGUAUCACCGAAACCACCUUCAUCAUCGGUGACCUUACCUACCGCAUGUUCGACGUCGGUGGCCAGCGUUCUGAGCGUAAGAAGUGGAUUCACUGCUUCGAGAACGUCACCACCAUCCUCUUCCUUGUCGCCAUUUCAGAGUACGACCAGCUUCUGUUCGAAGAUGAAACCGUCAACAGAAUGCAGGAGGCUCUCACCCUGUUCGACUCCAUCUGCAACUCGAGAUGGUUCAUCAACACAUCCAUCAUCUUGUUCUUGAACAAGAUUGACCGAUUCAAGGAGAAACUGCCUGUCAGCCCGAUGAAGAACUACUUCCCUGACUAUGAAGGUGGCGCCGACUACUCUGCUGCUUGCGACUACAUCCUCAACCGCUUCGUCUCAUUAAACCAGGCUGAGCAGAAACAGAUCUACACACACUUCACCUGUGCCACUGAUACCACCCAGAUUCGAUUCGUCAUGGCUGCUGUCAAUGGUAAGUUAUCACUGCUCAACCCUCUCGAUGAAGCUCUUUCUAACAAUACAUCCAGACAUCAUCAUACAAGAGAAUCUCCGACUCUGCGGUCUCAUAUAAUGCAUCUCUCUCUUUUUUUUAAGAAAAAAAAAAAGAAGUCCCAGCUUCCUGACCUCUACCCGGGUCGUUGUCUUUCUCUUUCGCUUGUCUUACGUGUAUUUGAUAUCCCAAUAAUUAACCUGCUAAAAUUCCCCCAGCAACCAACGCGCUACGUCUCCCGCCUUUUUAUUUUCAGUUUUCCCCGUCCCUCCAAUCUGCUUUGCGUGGCUCUGCGGUCUUUCACUCUGCUUUUUCUCUUUUUACCAUCAAACCCCAGGCGUCUCGUUGACCGUUGA